AUAAACCAUAUCACUCAUGCAGGAGUGCACUGUGUGGGAUGGGUCUGUGUGAACUUCCUGGUGUUUCAGUGCGCUGUAGCCCUUCUAUGAAAGAAAAGGAAGGGGGAAAUUACAGUAUGACAUAACUUCCAUAGAAGGGAACUGGGUACAAAAAAAUAUAAGAUAGGUGCUUUUUAAAAAACAGUGAUAAUUCCAGAUUCCACUGAGAUAUGAAAAUAACACUGUGCCAGGCGUUCUGCUGAGGAAGAGGUAUCCUGAGGAAACCUCCAGUGAAGCUGAAGGAUAGGAUAGCCGCUCAGUCAGUUUGAGAUAGUGGCAGAGGAGUGAGGUCUGCUGGCCGGGACUGGGAGCGGUGGGAGGAUCAGGAGAGAGCUGGGCUCGCCUACCUAACUUACUGACAGACCCAAGUCACUGACUGCACUGACACAAAUACAUUCACCCCGGGGAGACCGAACCAAAGGCUGCCGCUGUUCACACUUCAGUCUCGCCUGGAAGAAUUUAGCACUCUUGUCAUUUUAAAGAAGAGAGACUACCACACCAUUUGACCUCGGCUGUUUCAAGGUGGUGGCUAGUGACGGGGUGCGGGCUAUGAUGGAGUCGGCCCUGACAGCUAGAGACCGGGUGGGAGUCCAGGACUUUGUCCUGCUGGAGAACCACACCAGCGAGGCUGCCUUCAUAGAGAACCUUCGCAAACGCUUCAAGGAGAACCUCAUCUAUACGUACAUUGGUUCAGUGCUGGUGUCAGUGAACCCAUACAAGGAUCUGGAGAUCUACACCAAGAACCACAUGGAGCGAUAUCGCGGGGUCAACUUCUACGAGGUCUCGCCACACCUCUAUGCAGUUUCGGACAACUCUUACCGCUCUAUGAGAACAGAGAGGAAGGACCAGUGCAUCCUGAUCUCUGGGGAGAGCGGAGCCGGUAAGACAGAGGCAUCCAAGAAGAUCCUGCAGUACUACGCAGUCACAUGUCCAGCCAGCGAGCACGUCCAGACCAUCAAAGACCGCCUGCUGCAGUCCAACCCUGUGCUGGAGGCCUUCGGCAAUGCCAAGACGUUGCGUAACGACAACUCGAGCCGCUUUGGCAAGUACAUGGACAUCCAGUUUGACUUUAAGGGCGCCCCAGUGGGAGGACACAUCAUCAACUACCUGCUGGAGAAGUCGCGGGUGGUCCACCAGAACCACGGAGAGAGGAACUUCCACAUCUUCUACCAGCUGAUUGAAGGAGGGGAGGAAGACCUGCUGAGACGCCUGGGCCUGGAGAGGAACCCUCAACAGUACCAGUACCUAGUCAAAGGAAACUGUCCCAAAGUCAGCUCCAUUAAUGAUCGCAGCGACUGGAAGGUGGUGCGGAAAGCCUUGACUGUGAUUGGCUUCAGCGAGGAUGAGGUGGAGGAGUUGUUGAACAUUAUAGCCAGUGUGCUCCACCUGGGGAAUGUGCAGUAUGGCGGGGAGGACAGCGGCAAUGCCUGCAUCACUUCUGACACGCAGAUAAAGUACCUGGCCAGGUUGUUAGGGGUGAACGGCACAGUGCUGACAGAGGCUCUCACACACAAGAAGAUAAUCGCCAAGGGAGAGGAGCUGAUGAGCCCACUGAACCUGGAGCAGGCAUCCUCGGCCCGGGAUGCACUCUCCAAGGCCGUGUAUGGACGCACCUUCACCUGGCUGGUCAACAAGAUCAACGCCUCGCUGGCAUACACGGAUGACUCUUACAAGAACUGGUCUGUCAUCGGCCUGCUGGACAUCUAUGGCUUUGAGGUCUUCCAGAACAACAGCUUCGAGCAGUUCUGCAUCAACUACUGCAACGAGAAGCUGCAGCAGCUCUUCAUCGAGCUCACCCUCAAGUCAGAGCAGGAGGAGUACGAGGCCGAGGGCAUCACGUGGGAACCGGUGCAGUACUUUAACAACAAGAUCAUCUGUGACCUGGUGGAGGAGAAGUUCAAAGGCAUCAUCUCCAUUCUGGAUGAAGAGUGUCUGAGGCCCGGAGAUGCCAGUGACAUCACCUUCCUGGAGAAGCUGGAGGACACCGUAGGAGGACACCCACACUUUGUCACUCACAAACUGGCUGAUGGAAAGACCCGGAAGGUGAUGGGCCGUGAUGAGUUCAGGCUACUGCAUUAUGCUGGAGAGGUCAACUAUAAUGUCAAUGGAUUUUUGGACAAGAACAACGACCUCCUCUUCAGGAACUUGAAAGAGGUGAUGUGUAUGUCAGAGAACAAGAUCCUGAACCAGUGCUUCGACAGGGAGGAGCUGACUGACAAGAAACGCCCAGAUACGGCGGCGACCCAGUUCAAGGCCAGUCUGGCGAAGCUCAUGGAGAUCCUGAUGUCCAAGGAGCCGUCGUACAUCCGGUGCAUCAAGCCCAAUGACUCCAAACAAGCAGGUCGAUUCGAUGAGGUGUUGAUCCGUCACCAGGUCAAGUAUCUGGGACUGAUGGAGAACCUGAGGGUGAGGAGAGCCGGCUUUGCCUACAGGCGGCGCUAUGAGGUCUUCCUACAGAGGUACAAGUCUCUGUGUCCAGACACAUGGCCAAACUGGCGGGGCAAACUGGCUGAUGGAGUUGCCACGCUGGUCAAACACCUGGGAUACAAGCCGGAGGAGUACAAACUGGGCAGAUCCAAAAUCUUCAUCCGUUUCCCAAAGACCUUGUUUGCCACCGAGGACGCACUCGAGACCAGGAAGCACAGCCUUGCCACCAUUGUACAGGCCCAAUGGAGAGGCUACAGCCAGAAGUCUAAAUACCAAAAACUCAGAAACUCAGCUAUUGGGAUCCAGGCGUGGUGGAGGGGCAUCCUGGCCAGGAGGAGGGCGCAGCGCAGGAGACAGGCUGCCGACACCAUCCGCAGGUUCAUCAAGGGUUUCAUCUACCGGCACCAGGAGCGCUGUCCGGAGAACGAGUACUUCCUGGAUUACGUCCGCUACUCCUUCCUCAUGAAGCUGCGCAGGAACCUGCCCAAGAACGUCCUGGACAAGAGCUGGCCGACGCCACCGGCUGCGCUCACCGAGGCGUCAGAGCAUUUGCGUAAGAUGUGCAUGCAGAACAUGGUGUGGACCUACUGCAAGAGAAUCAGCCCUGAAUGGAAACACCAGAUGGAGCAGAAGAUGAUCGCCAGUGAGAUCUUCAAGGAUAAAAAGGACAACUACCCGCAGAGUGUGCCCAAGCUUUUCGUCAGCACAAGACUGAAUGGUGAGGAGAUCAAUCCCAAGGUGCUGCAGGCUCUGGGCACUGAGAAGAUGAAGUACGCCGUGCCCGUCACCAAGUACGACAGGAAGGGCUACAAGGCGCGGCCCCGCCAGCUGCUGCUGACCGCCAACUGUGCCAUCAUCGUAGAGGAGGCCAAACUCAAGCAGCGCAUUGACUACAAAGCUCUAAAAGGCGUCUCAGUCAGCUCUCUCAGCGAUGGCUUGUUCGUUCUGCACGUGCCCAGCGACGACAACAAGCAGAAGGGCGACGUGGUUCUGCAGAGCGACCAUGUGAUCGAGACCUUGACCAAAGUGGCAAUCUGUGCUGACAAAAUAAACAACAUCAACAUCAACCAGGGCAGUAUAACCUUCACAGUGGGGCAGGGCAAGGAGGGCAUCAUCGACUUCACCCCCGGCUCAGAGCUGCUGGUGGCCAAGGCGAAGAACGGGCACUUGUCUGUGACGGCCCCCAGACUGAACUCCAGAUGAUGGCCACAUCGCCACCACACGAACCAGGAAGUACACCUGCCUGGCUUCUCCCACCCACCAAUCACACAACCGCAGACCCCGCUCUGCCCUAAGCCAAUCAGAUGCCAGCUGUCACUAGAUGGAUGACACGUGCUUCCAAUUUAAGAAAUAAAGUCCAGCAAACUAAUUGAUAUAUUUAUGUUUAUAUAUUAUAUUUUUUGGGGGAUUAAUACUGUUGCUGUUUGAAUAUUCUGAUUUUAUAUAUGAAGCCAAGGAAUAACAAAUAUUUCGGUGCAAUUUUCUCGCGCCACUUGUGUCUGUCGUGCUUAAUUCGGGAACAUGACCAAGCGAGCGAUGAGGGAAGCGUUCAGAAGACGAGACGACAAUGACGGCGAGAGGAAGGGGGAUUUGUUGUCGAUGAAAAUCAGGGUCCGCUUGUUGCCUGCUGCUUUUCCUUUCCUGUCGGCGUUUUCAGUUUUUCUCUGCUUGACUAAUGGGGCUCGACUGCCUUCCCGACGCUGCUUUUCCAGCCGGGGCGGGCAGCUUUUUUUUUUUUUUUGUGGGCGCGUGGAGGUUGAUAGAACAAGGCUGUGACGGCAUGUAGGCAAGCUGCUGAGAUGUUUGGAGACGAGGGAGAAAGACGCCGAAGAGGAUGGUCAUCCUCUGAUGCAGCAGUCCGAGGGUUUUUGACGGCAAGGGGCUCGACUGUGCAAACACUAGAUCAGUGGAAAUAGUUGGCCAUACUACUGAAUAUAUUCCAAGCAGCUGUGUGUGUGCGCAGAGUGUUUGAGCCGUACAUGAAGGAGUCACUAAAGUGAACAGUGCAUAUUUCUGUCGCAAAAAAAGAGAGCAGUGAAUGUGAGAAACGGGUGAGGGAAAGGCAAGAGGAGGAAACAAGAUGAAGAGAGAGUAGAGAAGAUACGAAGGCGCUUCUUUGCUUUUGUCAUUCGCCUUGACCCCGGGUGCUUGUGCCUUUCUCCUCGACUAAUUUAUUGCUCACGAGGGAUUCAAAUAGUUGUGCUGUUUAUUCUGUAAAACUAUGACGCUCUUAGAAUAGAGUCGAGUCGGUAUCCUCUGGUUUUGUGCAGGAAGUUGGACAGGAUUUCAAGGUAGAAGCAGCAGGAUGAAGUGAUUCCCAGAGAGGCGAGACACUUGGUGCGCGUGUCCGUCAGCAGCGACACAUGCGGUGGAUUUUCCCAAGAUCUCCUGUCGGUGUCCAGCUCUUGUUCAGAGUAACGUAACAGCCUCACUUGCCAUCGUUGGCCACAUUUUCCCCCAGUCAAGUCCUCCACCUGUUUUUUUUUUUUCCUGUUCUCUACCUGUCCGCUUUGCUUCUCUGUCUGUCGCUGUCGCUGGGCUGAUCUGCUGGCUGCCUCUCACUGGGGUUGGACUGAUAUAUUUGGAUUGAAGACUCAAAUAGCAGAUAUUUUGUGCUGAUGUUUCACGCCACCCUACCAAAAGAAGCCAAAACCAGCACUCUUACAGGCAUCUAAAACUGCAUUUAGACUGUGAUGUAAAACAUAAACUCUCCAUUGAAAGUCAGUAAGAUAAAAUUCUUCCAGGUGGUUCAGAGGCUUCUUUUGGCUCGGUAGCUUUGAAAACAUGGUGGAAAAUUAUUCAAAUUCGGCCCCGACUGAUGUGAUUUUUUUUUUAAGUGUUUUGGAGCAAAAACUCGGCAUCUUUCAAUUUGGUCAUUCUUAAUGUCACAAAAUACAAGCACGUUUGGUGUUUCUCCUUGAAUUUGGAUGGAAACGGCUCCAAAACAGCAUUUAGACCAUGAGGCUCUCCACUUAAACUCCUAAGGAUAAUAAUAAUGCAUAUUCACAUGCAAUUGCAUUGAAUCCCAACAAAAUCUUGCAUUAUAACCAGAUGAGGUUAAGCCUCCAACCAACUGUGCAGUAAACAAUACAUUUUUCCUGUAAAGCCAGUGUCGGCCUGAUGUAUCUUCAAAUCCUUAUGAGUCUGACCCCAGCUGUGACCCCUGACCUCCUGUCAAGCUAACCAAAGUCUAUCACAGGUGAGACCAAAGGCUUGCAAUGAAAAAGCCAUGUGACUGAAAUCUCCGAGACGCAUAUGAUUUCCAGGUGAGCUGAUGCUCAGUGACACGACUUUUUCCUUCUCAACACGGCGAGGCCAGCGCUCUUAACACUAUGUUAGCCAAAGAAGUGACCCCGCCGAGUUCCCGUCAUUCUCCGUCGUAGAAUUUCUGAUGUGUAAUGUCAAUUUCUUGAAUGUCGUGUUCUUUUCCUGGAGGGAGAUCUAUCCAUGUGUAUGUGUUUAUGUGUUAUAACGAGAGACUCAAGCCAAGUGGGGUUUGAUUAUGUAAAGCAUCUUGGGAAGGAGGGGAUGGGGGGGGACUGCUUUUAGUUUUGUUUCAUGAUAAAAAACAAAAAAAAACUUGUUGCUAAUGUGCCUUGUUGUCGGAUAGAAAUGCAACAGAUUUGUAUGGAAUUAUAUGAGAAAUACCUCCUUGACUGCUUCACCUGUUAGUCGGUAAGAGCUGAGUCCUAGUUUGUAGGCUGGCGACUGCUGUCAGACUGUUCCUGAAACUUCUCUCUGUGAGCUUUAUUCAAAUCCUACGUCUCUUGAUUUACAGAUGCACUCCUGUUAUCGGUCCUGACUUACUGUAUGCACCAAACCAAUGUAUAAUUAUGCCAACACACUAAAAGAUAAGAUACUAAAGAUUUGAAAAAUAAACAUAAAAUCAUGAACGUG